UCUAUUUUGAGUGAUGUCGACUAUGUAAUUCAUGUAAUUUAUUUAUGAAAUGAUUCGUGAUCCAAAACAACGUCUUUUUCUACAUUAUGCUCAGUUUUUCUCUAUUCAAUUCAAUAACGACAGGACAUGUAUUCAUUUUUAGCAGAGGCAUAUAUGAAAUAAUUUAUAUAAAAUGUUACUUAGCUUAGUUUGUGAAGUGAAUAAUCUUGAGAUGUAUUCAUAAAUGCUUUUAUCAAGACGCAGUUACUCUCUAGAACUAACAAUUUAAAAUAGUAUACCAAAAAACAUGACGGGCUCUACUUUACCCGAAAGGGUAGCUCAGAUUUAUUACACAUAUGGGCUUUUUUGCUCUUCACAUCCAAUCACAGCCAUAACAUUAGCACUUUCUGUUGUACUUUUGUGUUGCUAUCCAUUACUCAAUGUACCUCUACCAGGGAACAUCCCAACUGUAGUGAAGGUUCCUGUCUACCAAAAUGACCUUGAAUGUGUACCAAAUACUUGCUUAGAUCAAACAGGCUCUGUAGUAAAGUUUGACUAUUUACACAAUGAAACACAAAAACUGCCAUAUACAUGGGCGAAGGAGAAACCUCUUCUGUAUGUUCACCAAAUUGUAAUGAGGAUAGGUGUAUCACCAUGGAAUGAAAAUUUAAAAAUGUGGGAUGCAUAUAGAGGGCCUUUGCUGGAAGUAUUUAGAUUAUUAGAGGCUAUAAGAAACCAUGAAGACCCUGAAACGAAGAAAACAUUGGUGAAUUGUUGCUACCAAAUAGAAGGGCUAAGGAAGUCAAGCAGUACAGCAAGCCUAGAUAGAGUCCUGCCAGAAUAUAGUUGUCUGUUAUUAUCUCCAGCCAACCUUUGGCAACAGAGCCUGCAGACAUUCUCUCUUGAUGCUAAUAUGCUUAAUACAAUUUUUAACUAUCAUAGUAUUCACAAGGGCAAGACCUCCAUUGCGGAGAUGGCAUUUGGGAUGCAAUUGAGAGACACCGGCAUCAAGCGAUACCCGCUACGAGCACGGCCGCGUGUACUGCAGUAUGCAGUCACUGUCUUCUAUCAGCAAGCCGAACAAAGCUUCAUCGAUUCCCUCGCCAGUAAAUUGCGCGAGAUGUACCCGCUGUUCGGUCACGCCCGCGAACAUGUGGUUGGUGAGGCCACGCUGGUGCACUACCCGGGUCGCUGCAACUACCGUGAGCUCGUGCCGCUCCUCAUCUCCUUCGUGGGCUUGUUUCUCUACGUGUACUUCUCUGUCCGCAAGAUAACGUUCAUCAAGUCCAAGCUCGGCCUGGCCGCCUGUUCGGUAGUCACAAUCGCGGCCGGCCUCUCCAUGUCCAUGGGCAUAUGUUUCUAUUUCGGAUUCUCGCUCAGCUUGCAGGGCAAAGAGAUCUUCCCGUAUCUCGUUAUCAUUGUCGCCUUGGAGAACAUCCUCGUGUUGACCAAGAGUGUGACUUCGACGGACUCGAGGCUGGACGUCAAGAUUCGUCUCGCUCAAGGGCUCAGCAAGGAGGGCUGGUCCAUCACCAAGAAUUUGUUAACUGAAAUCACGAUUCUCACUGUUAGCCUGUUCACAUUCGUGCCUUUUAUUCAAGAGUUCUCUAUUUACAUGAUUGUAAGUCUGAUAUCGGACUAUUUUGUACAGAUGUUUUUCUUCGCUACGGUGCUCGGUAUAGACGUUAGUCGAAUGGAGUAUUAUUCGGAACAGAAGAAUAAGUUACACUUGAAGGAAUACUUCGCGGCGAACAACGCGUUAAAUUGGAAUCACGUGGGAUUCGAAGACGGUGAUCAGUCAUCGCAGCGGAUGACCAAGUCGAAGUCGCAUCCGAGGCUCAACGGGCUCACGAGCAAGCCCUCCGACGUCGUGGCCAACAGCGGUUCCGCACACCAGUCGCCAAAGAGGGUUCCCAAGCGGAUCCGCUUGGUGAACAUGUGGGCGCGCACGCGGUUCUUCCAGAGAGCUUUCAUGGUGUGGAUGUUGGUGUGGAUCUCUAUGAUCGUGUACAACUCCGGCGUGGUGGAGUACUUCCUGACGGGCGCGGAGAGAGCGGAGCGGCCGCGGGCGGCGGCGGGCGCGGCGCGGGGCCCGGUGUCCUCGCCGCCGCGGCCGCCCCCGCCGCCCCCGCCGCCGCCGCCGCCCGCCGACCACGCGGCGCACGACAACACCACGCUGCUGUUGAAGCACCCCCUGCACGCGCGCCCCACCUCCAGGUUGUCGGCGGGCCACUGGGCCGCGGUGCUGUCGCAGUACAACGCGAGCCUGGCGGGGCGCCACCUGGUGGUGCUGCCGGCCGUGCUGCUCAGCCACCGCGUGAGCCCCGACGCGGCGGCGGCCGCCAGGCUCCCGCGCCAGCGAGACCCGCCGCCGCUCAGGUGGCAGGCGCUGGCCGCCGCGCUCGACCCCAUCGACCUGCUGCCGGAAUUGGACUUGAUCGACAGUAAGAACCAGCAGCAGUGGAGCAAAGGCGCCGAGCUGCCGAUGUACCCAAGCACUCCCAUGGAGGUCCUGCUGCUCACCAUCCUGUGCAGCAUCAGCGUCGCUGUCAUCGCUUACAUGAUGGUGGUGCUCUAUCGCUGCAUCUGCUCCCGGCACUACGCGGAGUGGCGCGCCUCGUGGACCGAAGAGGACGAGUACAGGAAGAUCAUCGCUAAGCAGCCAGCAGUACAGCUGGUGAUGGAGGCAGUGCCGCUGGUGGUGGGCGGGCACAGCCAGGAGGUGGAGUGCCUCGUGACAGACGGCGAGAAGAUUGUCAGCACGUGUCUGCAGGGGAGCGUCCACGUGUGGGACUCGCUGAACGGAGAUCUGAUCACCAACAUUGACCGGCGCGCGUAUUUCAAGUUUCAAUCGGAGCUGUUAGACAGAUUCAAGUCAAGGCGCAGCGUAGACCGCGACCCACCGCCCGGCGCAGCCACAACACAGCGGCUGCAGGAACCGGACUUUGUAAAGUUGCAGAGGCCUGAGGUCCGGUUGCGCAAAGGUGCCCUCAACAACCACCUGAGCCAGCUGAGGAGACACUCCUCAAGCCGGUACCGUGCACCUGCCGGACUCUCCGCAGCAGAAACCACUAAAUAUAGUUUUGCUAAAACUUUUAGAGAGCUUUAUAUCUCGGACGAGCAAUCCGUAAACGAAGUGAAACAAGUGACGGCCAAUAGUGGCGACGGACAUACAAACAGGUGUGCGGAGGGAGGCGAGGCGGACUGGCGUGCGAGGCCGUUCGGGGACUCGCCCGUGUGGUGCGCGGACUUCUGUAACGACCUGAUCGUCCUGGGCUGUGCCGACGGCCGCCUGGAGUUCUGGGAGGCCACCUCUUCAAAGCUAAAGGUAUCGCGACUCAGUCCGUGUUAGACCAGUUCACUCACAGUAGCGACCGAGCGCUCUCUCUCAUUAUAUCCGCUCAUGUAUAUCAUCAAUUUAGCAGCAAUUAAAUAUAAACAUACUUUAAAUUAUUCUAAUUAUUUUGUAUUUAGUAGCGACCUAACACAGUCUAGUAAUUAAUACUUAAAUCGUACAUAGACAUUUUAAUGGGAAUAUUCAUAUAAAAGAAUCAUAUACAUAUAAUCAUAAUAAAAGAACACAUCAAGUUUAAUGGAGAAUGCUAGUUAAGCUAAACGGUCUGCUUAAUUUGAAAGUAGCCUUAACGAUAGUUUAUUUUGGCGGGAUCGAUGAAUUAAAUAAAAUUAAUUAAAGCCAAUUUCGUAAAUUUAUAAGCUAUUAAUACUUUGUAAAAUCAUCUCUCAGCCGCUGUAUCCCGAACUGAUAUUACAUUUCUUUCGUACUUUUAAGUCUGUAGGGCAUACCCGUCGCGUUUCACGCGGGUACAUUUAGCAGUACAUCUGGAGAAGAGCAGUACAUCUGGUCAACGAGUGUAUUUUAGUUGAGAAAAUGCGAUAGACUGAGUGCUAUAUCCUCUAUCAUGGACACUAAUAACCUUUAUUCAAUUUGUUAAGUUGAUAAGUUAUCUACUAGUCAUCUGCUCGCACGUUACUUUAUAUUGAAAUAUCACGCUAUUAUAUAGGUAUAAUACAUAAUACACGGCAUAAUAAUCGAAGUCGUUUUAACUGUCUGUCGACUGACUGUCGUCUGAAACAAGGAAUACCAGUUGAAAAACAUUCUGAUGUUCUUGUUUCAGACGCUCUGAGUCGUAUUUCCACUGUGUAUCCAAAUAAUGAUGAAUGUUAUAACCUUCGCUGGCUGCUGGUAAAUAUUGGCGGUCCAACGUCGUUCCAACAACUAAAUACCGGUAAUGAACAUUUGUGUGCAACUUAUCGUGAGAUGUGUCAGCUCUUACAGUUGCUUGACAACGAUACGGAAUGGGAUAAUAUGCUUAAAGAUUUCUUUAUUUCUUCAUAACCGUAUCAAAUUCGAAUAUUGUUUGCCAUCCGUACCAUUGGGUUAGACAUUAUAAGGAUAGCAUUUACGAGGAUAUUCUGCACUGUAUCCGCUCUAUUACUGCAAAUAACUGAAGAUAUUUACAAUGAGGCGUUAAUUAUGAUAGAAGACAUGUGUUUAAUGAUCUCAAAUAAAGUGUUAUCUUGCAUCAGGCAUGAUAUUGCCCAAUCGUUCUAUGUAUGAUACACACAAUGGUGGGUUGCAAAGAGAACGCCAAUAUGGUGCUCCAGCACUAGCUGAAGUAGUUCGCACAAAUGUAUCGACGACGGAAGAUUACCUUUGACUCUUUGAUAGAAGCUGUGACUAAUGAUACUGGUGGAGUUAAUUUCUUAGAUGCUCCUGGAGGAACUUGCAUAUCGGUUUAAAUAGCGCAAUGUAAAAAAAUUAACAGGCGUGUCGGAUGAUAUAAUUGUUAUUAGGACAUUGGGUGUUUUAAUGUUGGCAAUAAGCUAUUUUAGAAUGUUGAUAGGAAGGUCAGCGUGUGUUGCGGUGGUUGUUUGUUUUGUUGCAGUGCGUGUGGUGGUGCGGGCGCGGCGGCGUGUCGCACGUGCGCGCGGCGUGCGGCGGGCGGCGC